AUGAUCUUCGCCGCCCGCCAACUUCAGGAGAAGUGCCAGGAGAUGCGGACCCACCUGUACUCUACCUUCGUGGACCUGACGAAAGCCUUCGACACGGUGAAUCGUGAAGGACUGUGGAAGAUCAUGCAGAAAUUCGGCUGUCCGGAGCGAUUCACUCAGAUGGUGCGUCAGCUGCACGACGGUAUGAUGGCGCGAGUCACGGACAACGGAGCUGUCUCAGAGGCAUUCGCAGUGACCAACGGAGUGAAGCAGGGCUGUGUGCUGGCGCCUACCCUCUUCAGUCUCAUGUUCUCUACCAUGCUGAUGGACGCCUACCGCGACGAACGCCCCGGGAUCCGCAUGGCCUACAGAACGGACGGGCAUCUCCUGAAUCACCGGCGCAUGAACUUCCAAUCGCGUGUAUCCACAGCCACCGUGCACGAACUCCUCUUCGCCGACGACUGCGCCCUGAACACCACCUCCGAAGCGGAGAUGCAACGGAGCAUGGACCUAUUCUCCGCCGCCUGCGAGAACUUUGGGCUGGUUAUCAACACGCAGAAGACGGUGGUGAUGCAUCAGCCGCCUCCCAACUCAGCCACAGCCCCCAACGCGCCGCAAAUCAACGUGAAUGGGACUCAACAGCAAGUGGUAGAGUACUUCCCGUAUCUGGGCAGUACCCUCUCCCGCAACACCAAGAUUGAUGACGAAGUCGUCAACAGGAUCUCGAAAGCCAGUCAAGACUUCGGUCGCCUCCAAAGCACAGUUUGGAAUCGCCACGGUCUCCAACUGAGCACAAAGCUGAAGAUGUACAAGGCCGUCAUCCUGCCGACGCUACUGUACGGAGCGGAGACCUGGACGGUAUACACGAGGCAGGCACGUCGACUAAACCACUUCCACCUCAGUUGUCUCCGCCGCAUCCUGAGGCUGAACUGGCAGGAUCGAAUCCCCGACACGGAAGUACUGGAACGAACGGGAAUCCUCAGCAUCUACGCCAUACUGAGACAAAUGCAGCUGAGCUGGAGCGGCCACCUGGUGCGCAUGGAUGACGAGCGACUACCCAAACGACUCUUCUACGGAGACGUCGCGACGGGUUCUCGUCGUCAAGGAGGCCAGAUUCGCUGUUACAAGGAUACUCUGAAGUCCUCCCUGAAGCGCCUGCAAAUCAACCCGACCAACUGGAAGAGCUCGCUCGCGAUCGCCCGACAUGGAGGAGAACAGUGAAGACGGGCGCUGCUAUCUACGAAGCCAACCGCAUCGCAGCCGCCAAAGUGAAACGCGCAGCCCGCAAAUCACAACUUCGCCCAGUCCGCAACGCCGCCGCACAACCUCUCCCUACGUGUCCUCGAUGCCACCGGACAUUCCGGGCACGAAUCGGACUUGUUGGACAUCUUCGGAUCAACUGCACCUCUCGAACUGCCCCAGCCAUCGUGCCCCCGCCCGCCUCCUCCUCGUCCUAUCUUCCGCCAACUAACUCUGACACUCCUCCUUCACCACCACUUCGAUCCUCCUCCUUCUCCUCCACUGCCCCAGCGGCGGCCGUUCAGACUGCCGUCUCACACAUCACCAACACUAACACAACAACCGACAUCACCUCUCCCACCUCUCCCGAUUCCAGUGAUGAGGAUCAGGAUUACACCUGCCCUCACUGUGACCGCACCUUCACUUCAAACAUCGGCCUGGUCGGUCACUUGCGAAUCCAUCGCACAGAGACUGGCGAACCAGUGCCUGGAGCACCAACCUACACCCACCGCACUCGCCUCCACUGCCCGCACUGCCCUCGCACCUUCACGCAUCGCGUGGGUCUAUUCGGCCACAUGCGCAUCCACGACGACCUGCGGUAG